UAUCUUUACUUUCUGUUUGUCAGGGAAACAUGAUCAGCUUUCGUUAAUCAUGUAAUCUUGUAAUCCUGAAUUAACAUCAGACGAAACAUGUCUAUGUGCAUCAUUUGUAGUGUUAGGACUAGAUAAAGUCGUCUUAAAUCAUUGAAAACAUCUAGUAGGAGAACAGUAAAACUAACCAAAAAAUUACAACAUGAAUGACGAAGACAGAAGAAAAUUACAGACCAGUCGUUCAUUUCUUGUAAAGAAUAUAGAAAAUAUAGAGGAUAUAAAUGAAGAGUUAUACACACGUGAAGUGUUUACUGAUGGAAUGAAAGCCGAUGUUGAGGUCCAAGACACAAAAGAGAAAAAAGUAAGGAAGUUUCUAGAUAUACUUCCAAGAAGAGGACCUGAAGCAUUUGACAUCUUUCUGGAUGUACUGAAUCAAACCAAGAAUACACAUGUUUUUGAUAGAUUAAUGAAGGGAUCUUCUGGAGCUACUUAUCAAAGAUCAUAUAUUGCACAACCUGUUAAUCUUCCCACUAUAGGGGGAGAUAACCAACUACCAGAAACAUGGCCAGAUGAAAGAAGUAUAAUGGAGGCAUCUCAAUGUAAAAUAAAACCCCAUGAUCCUUCACUGAUGCAACAUGCAGUCUCCGGAAGGGCAUAUCAAAUGAAGAGGAAUCCAAGAGGCAGAGCUGUGAUUAUAAACAAUAAAAUAUUCCAUGGACCAGUUCAAAAGAUCGAGGGUAAAAACCGAGUGAUGUUAGCCAUGAGAGAAGGUACCGAUGAAGAUGUGCAAGGAUUACAUAAACUGUUCACAGAUCUCCAUUUUCAUGUAAAGAUUCACAAAGAUAAAAAUGCCCAGAAAAUCGUAGAUAUUUUACGAGAGGAAGCAAAUGAUGUAGGGUUCCACAGAAAUGCUGAUUGUUUUAUUCUGAUCAUUCUCACCCACGGAAAACAAAAUGCUAUCUAUGGUAGUGAUGGCAAAACUGUGGAAAUAAGAGAUAUUAAAGACAUGUUUAAUGCAAGAAAUUUCCCUUGUAUGGAGAAUAAACCAAAACUGUUCUUCAUACAGGCCUGUAGAGGAGAGGAAUAUGAUGGGGGCAGAAACAAGACUGUUCCUGAUGCCUCCAGUACUGAUUGUGCAAUGUCUGGUAAUGUGGUCAAUCUGGCAUUAGAAAGAACAAGACUGGACUUUGAUAGAAUUUCUGUAAAUAACGCCAAUGAUACGGAUGCAACAGUGGAGAAAAGUGUGGCAACAGAUUCACAUCGGCUGGUUGCUAUGGCAACAACAAUGGACAUGGUAUCCUUUAGAAACAGAAUUCUAGGUUCCUGGUUCAUGCAGGCAGUUAUCUAUGUUUUCAGGAAGUGUUCACAUAAUGAAGAUAUUCUCUCCAUGUUAUCAGAUGUUAAUCAUUUAGUAAGUCUUGGAAAAGCUAAGGAUCGGGAGAACAGGGAUGCAGUUGCCGUGUCAGAGUUUGAAUCAACUUUAUCAAAACGUUUUUAUUUUUUCCCACAACAGUGUGAAACUGUUCCAAUACAAGCAUCAACUUCAUAGAUUAAUCAGUUUGAAUAUCAUGUGAACUUAGAAUCAUUGAUUAUAUUGUGAACAUGAUCAUGUACUUGUGAUUGGUGAUGGCAAUUUCAAAUCAAAAGUAAAGUAAUUAAAGGUUAAUGUAAGAACAUUUCAUAUAAAUUACAAAAUAAUCUAAAUUAUUUUAAGUUAUAGAGAACUAAAGAUUUAACCCCAAAUCCUUAUAUUGAACAUGUAGUGAAUUUCCUUGAAAAUGGGAGGCUUGCCAAGUAAAAUAUGUGUCAAGAAAAUUCUAGACAAGUGUAUGUAUGUUCCUAUAAUUCCCUUAAAAAAUGAUAACUUUUUUACUUCUUUUUUUAUUGAUAUACCUGUAUCAUUGAAACAAAUAGAUUAUUUAUGUUAAAAUCAUUCCAAAAGAUUCUGGUGACAUUACAGAAAGUUGUAUUGAAUGCAUAAAUGUUAAGUUUGUUUGUUUGUUUAAUUUGAAAUUGAGUUAUCUUUGUAAAUAUAGAAAAAAAAAUGCCAAAGAGGUUUUUAGUCAUUCUGUUCUUACGUGUUUGAUAAUUGAUCAAUUCUUUAUCAAAUGACUUAAGAACACAGUAAUUUCUUUUAACAACAAUUGGACAUUUAAAAAAUCCCACCUGCACUUUCUCAAUAAUAUUUUUUUAUGGAAUUAAGGGGAGAUAACUCAGAUAAUUUAUUUUUAUAAAUGUUGUCAUUUUAGCUAUUAUUGAUUUCAUGGUCAACUUAGCAUCUUGGUUUACACCCAAAUAACAUAUUUUAAGAGGUAUUAGGAUGGUCUAAAGUUAAGGUAGAUUGGUUGUCUUCUGCUAUCUUGGAUUGUAACAUUGCAGAACACAAUUAGUCUAGAUCUAACUGAAAUAUGCAAAUAUUGAUUCAAGAAUGCAAUUUUUAGUUGAUUUCUUUCAUUGAAAUGAAGAAAAUAAUGUGAUAAGCUUAUUAUUACAAUUGUUUUUAUGAUUUAAAAACUUGUCUUUUUUAGGGAAGAUACCUUAAAUAUUUUUAGCUAAUAACAAAUAAAGAUAUAAUGUCAAUACAUUUUUAAUUACAAAAUAAGCAUAAAUUUUUAAUUCAAUCAGUUUCUUGUCUUUUCACAGAAAAUUGGUUUUUCAUGAAUAAUUGUGCAAAAUCUGAAGAUUUGAAAAUUUAUUUCACUAGUUGUGCAAUAUCUGAAGAUUUUUCCUUUGGCAAGUAUUUUAAUAGUUCUAUCUUUUCCUAUUUAAAACUCCCCUUUCACAAUAUAUGAAAAAAAUGUUUAUAGAUUCCAUAAAGAUAUGCUUGUAUCUUUGAGAUGAGUGCUGGGUUAAAAUUAUAUAGAACUGCGUCUGUAGACUUCAUUCGUAUGCAAUUGAAAAAAAAAUCUAUGCAAAGUUUGUAACUAUUAGAAAAUUGAUGUAUUUAAAGAUACAUACAAAACAGAUCAAGCUUCAUCUUUCAUUUUGUAUUUAAAUACUCCAAAAAACAAUUAAUGUCUUACGUACAUGUGCAAGUUAUACAGUGGCAGAUCCAGGGGGAUAGAACCCCCUUUUUUGUUGGGACAUGAAGUUUGAACCCCCUCCCCCCUUUAUCCUUGGUUAGAACCGCCCCCUUUUUAAAAUGGCUGGAUCUGCCCCUGUUAUAUGUGCACUUGCACAAGGUUGAGUUAUAUCUGAUGAAGAUCAUGUAUUACAUGCAUUAAAAGUAAAAAUUUUACUUGCUUAUAUUAGUUUAAUUGAGUGUACUAUAUCUCAUUGGGUGUUUUUUUUAUUUA